GAUGAAUGACAACUGUAAACCAUUAAUUUCCCAUCUUUGGCGCUUAACACCAUGUGACUACCUCUGUUCCUGUCUAUCAACACAAAACCAAAAUAAAAAAACAUUGUAACUUCACACACUUCUUCUCAUGGCUUCCUCUACUCUUCUCAAGCUCAUUCUCACAUUUCUAGUAUGUUUCUUUCUUAGUCUCAACAAGCGCGUGGAUGCACAGAUCGAAGAAACAACCUUGAAUCUCAUGUCUGAUAGUUUAGAAUUUCCAACUACAAUGUCACUUUACGAUGAAGAAGACAUGGACGGUGGUGAUUUGAGUAGAAGAUCCUUAUUCUGGAGUAGAGUGAAGUACUACAUAUCUUACGGUGCACUCUCUGCUAACAGAAUCCCGUGUCCACCACGUUCUGGAAGAUCUUAUUAUACUCACAACUGUUACAAAGCUAGAGGACCUGUUCAUCCUUACUCUAGAGGAUGUUCUGUUAUCACGCGCUGCAGGAGAUGAAAUAGCUUCAUUUUUUUUAAAUUGUUUUCUCAGAUCGAGAAUUAAAUUUAAAAUUAGGUAAGUUUGUGUUAGAUUUAUUGUUGAAUUAAUUAGUUGUUCUAAAUUUGGGUUAGCAUAUUUUGUUCAAUAUGUUUGAUCCACCUUCGGACUUUAAGCUUGGAUUUUGUGUGUGUGUGUGUGUGUGUGUUAGUAAUAUAGUAUGAUGGAUGUGGUUCUUUUAUGGUAUUAUUUGUUUAUUUAUUAUUGUUACUAGUUGCAAAACAGAAAUUGCAGUGUUUCCCUAUCAUGUUUCGUUGGUUUGUUUUACGUAUAUAAAAAGAUAAAUUUUA